UAUGUGUAUAUAUAUUCAUAAAUAAACAGUUGGAGUAAACAUGUCAGAGAAAAAUAAAAAAGAUACGAAAAAAGAGGAUAAAAAAAAUGAUCCUCCGAUAAUUGUCAAAAGUGCUUUGGAUCUUCAAAGAUUGAAACUCAAUAAAUUAAUGAACAAUCCCGACAAAGAAAUUCAAUUACCCGAGAGACCAAAAACAAAAAAUGUACCAGGGGUACCGGAGUUUGUACGAAAUGUCAUGGGAAGUAGUGCUGGAGCUGGAAGUGGUGAAUUUCAUGUUUACAGACACCUCAGGCGAAAAGAAUAUGCGAGACAGAAAUUUAUUCAAGAAAAAAGUAACAUCGAACUUUUAAAUUUGGAAUAUCAAAGUAAACUAGAAGAAAAUAAAUUGAAAGCCGAGCAAGCGACAGCUAAAAAAAGAGAGAAAAGAUUGAAAAGAAAAUUAAAAAUGAAGGAAACAAAAUCGAAGAAAAUAAAUAUCGAAGAUAAAAAUAGUAAAGUAGAUAAUAAUAAUGAUGAUAAUAAAAAUAGUAGUGAUGAUAAUGAUGAUGACGACGACGAUAAUUCGAAGACUGAUUAAUAAAAAACCCAAUUUUAAAAUUACAUUGUCUUUAAUUUCACGUCGCAAGAUAAAAAGUUUAACGACUUUAUUUUUUAUUCGAUAAUUAUUUUAACUUUAAAGAGAACCCGUUGAUCAAUCGGUUGAAAAAUAAGAGUG